AUGGCGGAAGAUUCACCGACAGGAGGUCCACCAUCUGGUCCAUCUCCAUCGACGAAUGAUGAAUCUGUUGCAAGUCAGACUCAGACCUCAAAAUUAAAGAGAAGCCGUCCAGGGAGUUCAAGUGAGGCAACUGCUGCUACUGUUGGUCCUGGGAUUGCAGGGGACGAUGGUACUUCGAUAAGGUCCAUAGUUUGGCAACACUUCGAACAGUUGGUAGUCGACGACAUAUCCAGAGCCAAAUGCAAACAUUGCAAAAUACUGUACAGAUAUGAUACUCGAAGAAAUGGUACGUCUUCACUUCUUCACCAUAUGUCUGUUUGUAAGGCUAAUCCGGAUGUGACCGAGAAAAAACAUUCGAAAUUGGUUUUGCAUUUAAUGGCUGAGGAUGGUGAAAUGGCAGGGGGUUUAAUUAGUUGGAAAUUUGAUCAAGAAGCCAUUAGGUCACAACUAGCUAGAAUGAUCAUUGUUGAUGAGCUUCCAUUUUGGUUUGCGGGUGGUGAUGGAUUCAAAAACUUCAUGUCGGUCGCACUACCUAGGCACAAGAUAGAGAGUGGAGAAGUAGAAAGUAAGUGUGACUUGAAUGUUUACUUGAAAGAGAGUGUUCUUGUUGUCGAGAAAGAUGAUUUUGACAUUUUGAUGUGGUGGAAACUCAACCAAAGUAGAUUUCCCAUCCUCUCUUGUUUUGCACGGGAUGUAUUGGCGAUUCCCGUCUUUACCGUGGCAUCGAAGUCCGCUUUUAGCACCGACGGUCGUGUUCUUGAUGAUUAUAGGAGUUCUUUAACUCCUAAAGUUGUGGAGGCUCUUAUAUGUGCUCAAGAUUGGUUGAGAAAAAAGAAGUCCAAGUGGACCAAGUCCCUUGAAAGAGCCUAG